AUGGAUUCAGAAGAAUACACAAGCGCUCCAAAGCACAUAGCACCACAACGAUCGACACUGAAAGACAACUUCUCACCGUACGUUGACGCUUCACUCUCGCUCGGUCAAGUGAAACAAGACUUGGAAUCUUUGAAACGGCAGGAAUGUUCAGUGCAAUCAAUUGAGACCGUACGUUACCAUCACAAAACUGACGAGCAAUUCAGAUCCAACGUUCAUGAUGAUGUUUUGAAGAGUUUUGUGCGGUCGUCGUUUCAGAUAAGCAAGAAGAGGAGGAGAUCAAGGAGGAUGAGAACAUUGAAUAGCAUCGUGGAUGAUAGUGGUGCGGUGCAUGGGCAUGCUGGUGUUCGGGGUGAUGCUGACGUGGCUAGUGGUGGCGUAAAUAAGUGGGGUUCGUCUUUGUAUGUGCAAACGUACGGGUGGGAGUUCUGA